AGAGAAAUCAACAAAAUGGAAAAAGUGUCGACAAUAGCUGUGGACAACUUUCUGACGAACUGGAAUGGCCUGUUCCCGGACAUGCAGCUAACGGCAGCGGAUCUGAAGCGACCUCAGGCUGUUAUGGUGGCUCUGUUCCACAUAUUGGAUCGUCUCGGUGUUAGCAGGGAAGCUGUGUUAAUGUCACCAGAAGAACCCGACGAGCACACAACAUACUACCGUGACCUACUGCCCGUGAUCAACAUUACACGCAUCAUCAACCAUGUGGUGUCCAUCAUGCCAGAAGCCAACCUGUGCUUCCUCAUUAGGCACCUGCUGCAGCCCACCACUAUGACCUCCUACACCAUCCUGUACGUGCUGUUCAACCAGAUGGUGUUCAAUGACGCCAGGCUGGGGGAUAUUGCAGCCAGUGAGGAGGAACUGUUUGCACAUAAGGAUGAGGUAAAAGCUUUAACAGAAAAGAAGGACAAUCUAAUUCAAAUGAGGAACAUGGAGGCUGCAGAGAAGGGUAACAGAGCAGAACGCCUAGAGCAGCUUGAGCAUGACAUACCCUUAUUAGAAGAGGAACUCAAGCAGGAAAAAGAGAUAGAGGCUGAAGUAAUAAAAGAGUUGGAGGCCAUCACUGAAGAGAACAAACAGACGGAUAUUCUGCUGGAACAGAAGAAAGCUCACAGGGAUGGUAUUUUGGCAGAAAAUGCAAGGAAAAAGGCUUUGAAGGUAUAUGACGCUGAAGACAUCAGAGGUCAGGUGGAGCAAGCGGCCCAGAACUUCAGAGAGGCGGAGGAGAAGGUCAGCACCCUGUCUGCAACUCUCACGCAGAAGGAGAGCAGUCUGCACAACCUGCAGUCCUUGAAGCCCACGCUCGACCAGACCAACACGCUCCUGCAUGACAUUGUGAAAAUGGCUGACAGCAUUAAGGAGUUCGAGACCGGCGACCUGGACACGGACAGCUUGGAGGGCGAGCUGGACGUGCUGGGCACGGAGCUGGGCGAGCUGCGCGCCGCGCUGGCCGACGCCAGGGACGCUGCUGCUCGCGCCGCCGACCGCCGCCAGCAGCGCCAGCAGGCCCGCAAGCAGAAGCAGGCCGAGCACGACAGCGCCCUCUUGGAGUCUUCGGAGAAGCACCGGCGCGCCAGCGAGGAAGCGGAGCGCGCGGCGCGGCUCACGCGGAGCAUCCGGGACGCCACCGCCCAGUACGAGCGGGACAAGGUGGCCGGCGCCGCCGAGCUCGCCCGCAUCAGGGAACACGCAGCCGGCAGCUUGACGACAAUGCAAAACAAUCUUCUCACCAAAAUGAAGGAAGUCUACAAGAGGGUCGAGGAACAAAACCAGAGACAUCAAAAGUUUUGAAAGUUUUUAUUAAUAUCUUACGCAGUAAUUACAAGGAAUGUUGUUAGUACAUAGUAAUAGUAUUUAGGA